CUACAGACCUCUGAGGGAUGCGGCGCUCUCCAAUGAGCACAGGGAUCCGUCUGUUUCCUCACUUCCUCUGUCUCUCUCAGGGCUCGGCUCGAAACUCCUGCGCUCUUAGGCAGCCAUCUUGGAUCUCGCUUUGAACAAGAGGCAACAGACGCGGCUGUUUGGUUGGAAUGGAACCGUCAACAAGCGCGUCCUCCCCGCGGCUCCGACGCCUGUGACCGCUGCCGUUAGCACCGAAUGUACCGGACCGUCCGCUUACAGGAUCCCUCGAUGAGCAGAUUGUGUUUUGGGGAGAUCGCAGCGGAGGCCCCGUGAAGUGUAAAAUUUUCUCUAUUCUUAACGUUACUUGAACCGGACAUCCGAAAUAUGAAGCAGACAGCGACGCGAGGCCUGGGAGUAUUAUGUUUUUAACAGUGCACAAGUUAGCCGGUCUCAUUAGCUAUUUUGGGAUCUAUUAGAUGGCUUGCAAUCGGUAAUUAAACGCCGUAACGUCAGCGGAAUAUUUCUCCCAAACUUUUAACAAGUUUGUUUCCAGCUUUAGAAGCAAAUCAAUGAUAUUGACCAAGCGUGUAAUCUGUCAAAUAUAUAUUUUCCCCUUCGUUGCACCGCAAAACCUGCUGCUUAAAUCGUAAUUCUGGGAAAGCAGCUUUCCAUCAACACUAUGUCAACAACAAGAGCCCCCCUGCCCACCGUCAACGAGCGGAAGGCUGAAAAUCAUACAACGAAUGGCCACGGCCGAGGGGAGGUGACUUCUCGAUCUGUGAGGUCGAGUGGUCGAAACCGAAAUUCUGGCUCCGGAUUAGAUGAUGUGCACCCUCUUGUUGGGAAUUACAGACUUCUAAAAACCAUUGGAAAGGGCAACUUUGCCAAGGUCAAACUGGCUCGCCAUAUCCUCACAGGAAGCGAGGUGGCAAUAAAAAUUAUUGAUAAAACCCAACUAAAUCCAACAAGCCUUCAAAAGCUUUCCAGAGAAGUCACAAUCAUGAAGAAUUUAAACCACCCAAAUAUAGUCAAACUGUUUGAGGUGAUAGAGACUGAGAAGACACUGUUUCUUGUGAUGGAAUAUGCCAGCGGAGGUGAGGUGUUCGACUAUCUAGUGGCUCAUGGGAGGAUGAAAGAGAAAGAGGCCAGAGCUAAAUUUAGACAGAUUGUGUCAGCUGUGCAGUAUUGUCACCAAAAACACAUUGUUCACCGAGAUUUGAAGGCUGAAAACCUGCUGCUAGAUGCUGAUAUGAACAUUAAGAUAGCUGACUUUGGCUUCAGUAACGAGUUCAUGGUGGGAAAUAAGCUAGACACGUUCUGCGGCAGCCCCCCUUACGCUGCCCCCGAGCUCUUUCAGGGUAAGAAGUACGACGGGCCGGAGGUGGACGUGUGGAGUUUGGGCGUCAUACUCUAUACGCUGGUCAGCGGCUCCCUACCCUUCGAUGGACAGAAUCUCAAGGAACUGCGUGAACGUGUGUUACGUGGUAAAUAUAGGAUCCCUUUUUAUAUGUCCACGGAUUGUGAGAAUCUUCUCAAGAGAUUCUUGGUCUUGAACCCAGCCAAAAGAGGAACGUUAGAGCAAAUCAUGAAGGAACGCUGGAUCAAUGCUGGCUUUGAUGACGAUGAACUCAAACCCUUCCUUGAGCCAGAGGCCGACAUCUCAGACCAGAAGAGAAUAGAUGUGAUAGUGGGAAUGGGCUUCUCUAGAGAGAAAAUCCAAGAGUCUUUGUCCAAAAUGAACUAUGACGAGAUCACAGCCAUAUACCUACUGCUGGGAAGGAAGACCAAUGAGGAGGUCAGUGAAUCCAGCUCCAAUAGUAAUCUCUCCGUGGCAAAGACCAGACCCACCAGUGAGAUGAACGGCCAGUCACCAUCGCACCUGAAGGUCCAGAGAAGCGUCUCCUCCAGUGAAUCCAGAAAAUCCAGACGCCACAGUGAACAAGUUGCUGUGGUCGCUAACUCGGCGUUGAGUAACUCCAAGAAGACGGUUCCUGUCACAGCUGACGGUGACGUCAAACAGGAAGGUGGAGUCACAGCACGUAAGCCGCCCACUCACAGCCCCCCCAGCCCACUCCUGGGUAACGCCAACAACCCCAACAAAACAGAAAUACCUGACCGCAAGAGAGGAAACUCCAUCACACCUAAUAAUAACUCUGGAUCGGGAGGCAUGUCAAGGAGAAACACGUACGUGUGCACUGAGAGAAACAACACAGACCGCCUUUCUGUCAUUCCUAAUGGGAAGGAGAACAGUGUGACAUUGUCUCCUGGCUCUCGGGACCCGGGUGCCUCCACUCACAGCAUCAGCACUGCUGCCACACCUGAUAAAACGCGUUUCCCACGAGGCUCCGCAAGCCGCAGCACCUUCCACGGACAGCUGAGAGAUCGUCGCACGGCCACCUACAACGGCCCACCCGCUUCGCCAACGCAGCCGCGCAGCCGCGGUAAUGCCAACAACCUGCUCACCAAGCUGACCUCCAAACUCACGCGCAGAAAUAUGUCAUUCAGGUUUUCCAAAAGAGUCUCAACCGAGUUUGAGAGAAGCGGGAGAUUUGAGGGCUCAAGUCGCCAUGUAUCUGGGGAUCAGCAGAAAGAUGAAGGGAAAGAUGGAAAAGACGGGAAACCCCGCUCUCUCCGUUUCACCUGGAGUAUGAACACCACCAGCACCAUGGAGCCAGCCGACAUCAUAAAUGAGAUCCGCAAAGUUCUGGACGCCAACAGCUGCAGUCACCAGCAGCGUGAACGCUUUCUGCUUCUCUGUGCCCACGGGGACAGCUGCACCGACAGCCUCGUCCAAUGGGAGAUGGAGGUUUGCAAACUUCCCCGGCUCUCACUUAAUGGUGUCCGUUUUAAGAGGAUAUCUGGCACCUCCAUCGCUUUUAAGAACAUUGCUUCCAAAGUUGCAGGCGAACUCAAGCUAUGAAUAUAUCUUUAAUCAAACUACAUAGAGAAAUUUAUGAAAUGGUUCAGUUCAAUAUAGACAAACAAAUUAAGCUGUACAAUCGUAAAGUAGCAGUUUCCGAAUGUUUUUUUUUUUUUCUUUUUUAAUAAACCACUUACAUGUAUUUGAAAAAAUGUAUAUAUUUUAACAUUGCUUAAAGCAAUAAUUUCUUAACAUCGGUCACACAAUUAUCGUAUUAUCGUGCAAGUCGUUAAAUGCUGUAAAAAGAACAGGUUUGAACCUUUCAGUGUUACGAUUGUAUGAAGCUCUGAGAAUGUUCAGAGAGGAACUCAUUGCCAUCAUUGCAGGCGGAUGAGUUGAGGCUGAUCAUUCAGGAAAUGGACGCUAGAUGGAGAUUUGUGGGGUUUCGUUUUGUUUUAGCUUUUUAACAGGCACUAUUCUGUGGUGGUUUUAAGUAUCGCGUGUUUUGGGCGGCUCUUGUGUAAAGGGUUUUGCCCGAAUCUUGAGUUGCUUUUUGAAAAUUUGCUCUGCGCCUCUAUGUAUUGAGGGUGCUCGUCUGUGAAAGCGGCUGCAGUAAACCUGAUUUGAGCUCAGUUUCACUGUUUGAAUGUUAUUAAGAGCAACAUUUCGAUGUUUUAUAAUUUAUUUCACUUUUGCCCACUCAAAUGUAUUUUUUGUGUAAAUAAUGUACUUUAUGCGGCAAGUACACAUUUUCAUACUGUUUUGUUGGAGUUCUCUGAAACCAAGAGGGCGUCUUGUAAUCUUUCACUUCUAAGACUCACCACAGAUUCCAUUAAACUAUCUGUAACUUGUCACGGUGUUCAUUGCAGAGAUCUAAUACAGCUACAAAAUGAU